AUGGCCUUAAACAUUCCUAUUGUGACACCGAGCCCGGGUUCCAAGUCAGGACGAGACUUUGCGGUUACCCCCGACACGAUCCCCGUCAAGGAGAUCGUCACAGCCACCGAGGUCGCUUGCCAGAAACUUGACCAAGAGGAGGCAUCGCUACUGAGGAACGAGGUAGUAGGCAUUCUGCAGAAUGCCAAACCCCCGAAGCCUAACCUUACCAAGGAGGAGAAACGUGCCAUCAAGUCACUGAAAGGUAACAAGGACAUCGUCAUCCUCCCUGCCGAUAAAGGUAAGGCUGUUGUAGUCAUGGACAGAACAGAAUAUGUAGCACAAUGUGAGAAACUGCUCGAUGACAAGAAUACCUACAAAGUUAUCGGGCCCACGAAUCCCACCAAGAAACUCAAGGGCAGAUUACAGAGGAAGUUGAGGGAGAUAAAGAAGGCAGGACAUCUUGACCCAAAAGUAUAUGACAAGAUUUACCCCACUUCAGAUGCCACCCCUAGGUUCUAUGCCACACCAAAAAUCCACAAAGAUCCACUUAGGUUGAGACCUAUUGUGUCGGGCAUCAACUCUAUUACUUACCAUCUUGCAAGGCACCUAGCAGACCUCCUUAAGCCCUUAGUGGGACAGACUGCAGAACACAUCAAUAACUCUAAGGACCUGGUCACCAAAAUCCAACAAGUUAAGUUGGAGGAUGGGGAUGUCUUGACCUCUUUUGAUGUCACAGCCCUAUUUACCAGUGUCCCGGGGAAAGAGGUGGUUCAGAUGGCGGUUAAGAGGGCUGAGGAGGACCCUAGCUGGAAGAGUCGUACCCUGCUCACUCCUGAGGAAUUUGGGGAUCUCCUCCUGUUGGUUGUGAGCACCACAUACUUCCAGUACAACAGCAUGAUUUACGAACAAACGUAUGGUAUGGCAAUGGGCUCCCCGCUAUCCCCCGUGCUUGCCAAUUUGUUCAUGGAAGAAUUUGAACGGAAAGCCCUGGACACAGCCCCACACCGCCCCAAGUUUUGGGGUAGGUACGUGGAUGACACUGGGAUAGUCAACCAGCAAGCACAUGAGCAAGAACUCUUUGAACACAUUAACCAACAACACGACAGUAUUAAGUUUACGAUGGAGAGAGAACAAGAUGGUCGCCUCCCCAUGUUAGAUGUGAUGUUGAUUAAGAACCAGGACCGUACCAUCACCACGGAUGUCUACCGGAAGGAGACACACACAGACCACUACCUACAGUGGUCCUCCAACCACCCCGUCCAGCAGAAACUCGGCAUUGUUAAAACCUUAAUGCACAGGGCAGACACUCUCAUUCAGGACCGCACCCUGAGAGAAGUAGAGAAAGGGAAAGUGAGGAACGCACUCCGUCACUGCGGCUAUCCGGACUGGGCCCUUAGAGAAGGUGACACCAGAAAAACACAGCAGAGGAACCACAAGGACACACAGCGUGGAGACAGGGGACAAACUCCCUCCAGCUUUGCUGUACUCCCUUACAUUAAAGGGACUACAGAAAGACUGAAACGAGUGUUUGCCAAACACAACGUUAGCCUGUUUCAAAACCAGGCUACACCCUACGGAAUGCCCUGGUGA